CCAGACGUUGCUGUAAUUUUGUCAAAUCUUUGGUCCCAUGUUUCACUUUCACCGUCAUCGUCUCAGAGCUCUUCUCCAUCUCAACAAUCUUCCCCAAACCUCAAAAUGCCACCUUCUUCUUCUUCAAACCAACUUUCUCAACUCAUUCUCCACCACCACAACUUCAAGUUCAGAUCAACAAUCUUUCACCAUCUCAUACCUCACCAAAACAUGUGGCUUAUCUCCACAAGAUGCUCUCAAAGUAUCCAAACGACUUCGUUUCAAAACCCCCCAAAAACCCGAUUCCGUCGUCACCUUCUUCAAAAACCACGGUUUCUUAAUUCACAACAUACAAUCCAUCAUUCUCAAGGAUCCUGAGCUUCUUGUCGCAAACCCCAUCAAAUCAAUUCUACCAAAGUUUCAAUUUUUAGCUUCCAAAGGUGCUUCUCCUUCUGACAUUGUUAAAACUGUAACAAGAUGCCCUCGUUUUCUUCGUGUAAGUCUCGACAAACAUAUUGUCCCUGCUUUUGAUUUGGUACGAAGUUUCUGUCCUUCUAAUCAAAAAGCUAUUGAUUCUAUAAUUGCUUGUCCUACUUCAAUUAGUGAUUUUAGAAUGAAACCAAAUGUGAAAUUUUUGAUUGAUUUUGGUCUCACUGGUUCAAAUAUUUAUCAUUUGCUUAGGACUAGACCUUCUAUAAUAUGUUCUACUGAUUUGAAAAAUGCUGUUGAGGAGAUUAAGGAAUUAGGGUUUGACCCUUCAAAAGCUUAUUUUAGUGUGGCAUUAUUGGCCAAAAGGGCUAUCACCAAAUCACAAUGGGAUGCUAAAGUUGAUGUCUUGAAGAGUUGGGGUUUUUCUGAAGAUGAAAUUUUUAAUGCAUUUAAGAGGCACCCUAAUUUUAUGCUACGGUCUCCAGAUAAACUCAACGCGGUUAUGAGUUUUUGGGUCGAUGGGCUUGGUUGGGAUCCUUCGGUGUUAUUGGCUAAACCAGUACUUUUUGGGUUUAGUAUAGAGAAACGGCUUAGUCCAAGGGCUUCUAUUGUCAAGUAUCUUCUAUCCAAAGGCCUUCGACGAAAGGAUGCAAGUAUAUACACACCAUUUGUUGUAUCUGAGAAGUUGUUUGUGGAAAAGUUUGUGAAUCGUUUUGCGGAGCAUUCUUCUGAUCUGUUAAAGCUUUACGAGGAAAAAAUGAAUCUUGCAGAUAGCAGGAACGAUCUUCAGAUGGUUGAUCAAAUUUUGGUUUUAUGUAACUGACUUGUUUUAUUCUGUUGAAAUAUUUGCCUUGUGAUGAUGUCCGUGUCAAUAGUUUGAUUAACGAUCAUGCUAGUUAGUUUUCAGCAAAUAUUAUUCCUUAUGAAUUAUGAAAUUUCCCUUUCCCGCAGAAUUUUGACA